AAUCUGUCAUAUACAAUUUGCUCCGGGCUGUCAGGGUGUAAACAGCCUGCCUGUGUUAAAUACCAAACACAAGUAGGCAGACCCAGCCAGGAAACUAUCUCCACAGGACACAACGAUCAUCUGUGCCUGAGUGUCCAAAGGAGCCACGGCAUUUGCUUUAGCAAAAUCCAUUCCUAAGCAUUUCAAGAUUGUUUAGCAAAGCUUGCUUUGUAAGACCACUGAGGUACACUGAGUCCUGCGGUCCUAAUCAGUUUUAAUCGCUUGCUUUAUGCAAGAAAAAUGAUUCGAAGCACCAAAUGAACUUGGCACUUGUCUGCCAAGAAGUAUAUUUAUACACAUAUAAUUAUACUUAAUUUUUUUAAAAAAAUAAGACCGUAUAUCUGCUGCUGCGACCAAACGGGAGCUGCUGGUGGUGUUGUCAAAUUGCUAACCGGUAGGAGUGAUAGCCUCUGUGAAUGAAGAACGAUACGUUCUCUUGGACUGUAAAAGCAGCGGGUCGUUGUUACUGAUCUCCUGGCUGAAUGCAGAGGCUCAAGAAGGUUGCUCUUUUAUGGAUUUCACUACGGUUUGAUUGGUCCAUGAUGAACAUUUACAUCAGCGUCCGAAUAUUUCCAGAAACACCUGGUAAGUUGUUAUGGGCAAAUCAGAAAGCCAAAUGGAUAUAAUCGACAAUAACGCGCCAAAAUCUAAAAAGAAGUUGCGAUGGACAUCCCUGGAAAUUGGACUCACGACCAUAGUGUCUCUUCUCCUGAUUGUGGUGAUCGCGCUGGUAGCCUUAUAUGUAACACAAGGUGGUGAUGGUAUUUGCAAUUCGGCAGAUUGUACAAAGUCGGCGGCCCGUAUACUUGAAAAUAUGGACACAACAGCAGACCCUUGCCAAAAUUUUUACCAAUAUGCCUGUGGAGGGUGGUUGAAGAAACACAUCAUUCCUGAAACCAGCUCUCGUUACAGUACAUUUGACAUUCUGAGAGAUGAGCUAGAAGUUGUCAUGAAAGAUGUUCUGGAGAAACCUGACACGACAGACAUUAGCGCAUUGAAAAAAGCAAAGACUCUAUAUAAGUCGUGCACAAAUGAGACAACCAUUGAGAGCAGGGGGGGGCUUCCAUUAAUAAAUAUGUUACCAAAGAUACUCGAAUGGCCUGUGGCAUGCGAUGACUGGGAAAAUAUAUACGGCAUUAAGUGGACACUAGAAAAAGCAAUAGCCGUGCUGAAUGCUAAUUAUGGAAAACAAGUCCUUAUUAACUUUUUUGUCGGAACAGAUGACAAAGCCUCCAAUGUGCACAUUAUUCACUUUGAUCAGCCUGGGCUUGGUCUCCCCUCCCGUGAUUACUAUGAAUGCAGUGGCGCAUAUGAAGAGGCAUGCACCGCAUAUGUAGAUUUCAUGAUAGAUGUUGCAACACUGAUACGCAAGGAGAAGAACCUGCCGGUCAAUGAAUCCCUGAUCAGAACUGAGUUGGAAAGAGUUAUGGACCUGGAGAAAAAUAUUGCUAAUGCUACUACAAAAACAGAGGACAGAAAUGACCCCAUUCUGUUGUAUAACAAAAUGGAAUUAAAUGCUAUGCAGAGUAACUUUUCACUACAAGUUGGUGCACGGCAAUUCAGCUGGACAAAUUUAACCAAUACAAUCAUGGGAGCUGUGAAUAUUUCCCUAACAGGGCAGGAAAAUGUUAUUGUUUAUGCCCCAGAGUAUCUUAGAAAACUAAAGCCUAUUCUUUCUGACUACAGGGCAAGGGAUAUUCAAAAUUACAUUGUGUGGCGCUAUGUAAUGGAUCUGGUUAACAGUCUAAGCCGUGUCUACAAAGAUACAAGAAAAGCUUUCCUUAAGGCUCUUUAUGGAACAACAUCUGAAACAGCAGUUUGGCGUCAGUGUGCAAAUUAUGUGAACGGCAACUUGGAGAAUGCAGUCGGAAGACUCUAUGUAGAGGAGGCCUUUGUUGGAGAAAGUAAACACAUGGUUGAAGAAAUGAUUGCUCAGAUUCGAGAAGUAUUCAUUCAGAGCUUGGAUGAAAUUGAAUGGAUGGAUGUGGAAACAAAAAGAAAAGCUGAAGAAAAGGCCAAAGCCAUAAGAGAGAGGAUUGGCUAUCCUGAGGACAUCAAAGACGAUGUAAAACUGAAUAACCAGUAUAAAGAUUUAAACUACAAAGUGGAAGAAUACUUUGAGAACAUUCUACAGAACCUGGAAUUUGGACAAAAAAAGCGUCUAAAGAAACUGGGAGAGAAAGUUGACAAGGAAGAAUGGAUUACUGGAGCAGCAAUUGUUAAUGCUUUUUACUCUCCUGGAAGAAACCAAAUAGUUUUUCCUGCAGGGAUCCUUCAGCCACCUUUCUUUGGCAAAGAUCAAUCGAGUUCUUUAAAUUAUGGUGGGAUUGGCAUGGUUAUCGGCCACGAGAUCACUCACGGCUUUGAUGAUCAUGGUAGAAAUUUUGACAAAGAUGGAGAUCUCAGUGAUUGGUGGACCCAGCAGUCUGCUGCAAGGUUUAAAGAACUUUCCCAGUGCAUGGUGCAUCAGUACGGAAACUUUUCCUGGGAUCUGGCUGGAGGACAACAUCUCAGCGGCAUCAACACCUUAGGAGAGAACAUUGCAGAUAAUGGAGGAAUCAGACAAUCAUAUCAAGCAUACCAAAAUUACAUUAACAACCAUGGCAAGGAAGACCUGCUACCAGGGAUUGACCUGAAUCACAAACAGUUGUUCUUCCUCAAUUUUGCACAGGUGUGGUGCGGAACAUACAGGCCAGAGUAUGCUGUCAACUCUAUAAAAACUGAUGUGCACAGUCCUGGCAAGUUCAGGGUUCUAGGGUCAUUGCAGAACUUUCCAGAAUUUGCUGAAGCCUUUUCCUGUCGCAAGAACAAUUAUAUGGCUCCUGAGAAGAAGUGUCGAGUUUGGUGAUAAAAAAGAAUGAAGGAAAAAAUAACCAAUAUUAUUGACAGACUGUUAGUCUUUUUAUGCAGGGACAUGACUGAUCAUGAAGGAUGGAAUUACUGGAUUGUGUGCUCUCAGAUAGAUAGUAAUUAUUUUUGUUUUGAUUUAGACCUGUAUUAAAAAAGUAAAAUAUGAUCUAUUAAAUUAUCAUUAAUGAUCCAGGUUAAAUUAAAAGUAUAUCGAUAUAGAAGAAAAAGAAUGAAUACUUUCUAUAAAGGAAUUACAUUUUUGGUAGUAUGUACACAAAAGUAAUAACAUUGCGUGAACAGCAUUAUAUUGUUCCUUAGGUGGGGGAGAAAUAUUAUGUAUUUUACUUAACAAAAUAUUUAAAAAGCCAUAUUUAUCCUGUAAAUUGGAGGGUUUUAUUCAAUACAAACUUUGGGUGCUCAUGAGAAAAGAUUGUAUAGAGUAGAAUAUCGGUUUACACCAAAAUAAUUUGAUUUCCCAUAUAAUUAUGUUAAAUGGUCCUUAUUAUUAUUAUUAUU